AAACGUCCCCUCCACGUCGGCCUCGUAGGCGCCGGUCUAGGCGGUCUACUGGCCUCAAUCUCCAUAGCACGAGCCGGCUGUCACGUCACGGUCCUCGAAGCCGCAUCCCAACUCGGAGAAAUCGGAGCCGGAAUCCAAAUGACACCCAACGUCUCUCGUCUCCUGAUCAAAUACGGCGUCGACAAAAUCAUCGGCGAUGACCUCGUCCAAUGCAAAUGGAUCAACAUGCGAAACCAACGAGGAGAUGUCGUCCAGCGCACGGAAUUGCAUCCGAAAGUGGUGCGGGAAUUCGGAUUCCCGUGGUGGAUGGUUCAUCGACAUCAUCUGCACACGGGCUUGGCCGAGGCGGCGAGGAGGCAUGGGGUGGAGAUUCGGAUUGAUUCGAGGGUGGAGAAGAUUAUGUAUGAGAGUUCCCCCGUGAAGGUGACAACCUCACAGGGUCGAGAGUACGAGUUUGAUUUGUUGGUGGGAAGUGAUGGAUUGAAGUCUGUGGUUCGGAGGACUUUGUUCCCGGAUGUGAAACCGCGGGCGCCGACGCAUAAUGCUGCGUAUCGCGCGGUUUUGCCAUACGAGUAUGUGUAUGAGCAGGUGCCGGAAGCGAGAGAGUUUGGGAACGAUAUUGAUGUGUGGUCGUUGGAUCAGGGUUACAUUAUCCAGUAUCCCAUCUCGGCGGGUCGGGAGUGGAAUGCGGUGAUGUCGCACUAUCGGGACCAGCCUGUCACUGAUGUGGAGGAAGACUGCGAUAUGUCCGAAAUGGUCGAAUACUACAAAGAUCUGGACCCACGCAUUCUUAAGAUCUUGAAACUCGUGCCCUCUUCGAAGCGCUGGCCGCUACUCAUUACUGGUCCACUUGAGUCGUGGUCCAGUCCGCAGAAGAAUGUGGUACUAAUGGGCGAUAGUGCGCACAGCAUGGUGAAUCAUCUCGCCCAGGGCGCUGCGACGAGUAUGGAAGACGGCGCCUUUCUCGGUCGUGUUCUCGCGGAAUGUGUGAAUGGAGUUCUCAAUCUGCCAGAAGCCAUCACCAUCUACGAAAAAGCGCGCAUGCCACGAGCGUGGAUCAAGCAGCAAGCUUCAUUCGUGAUGGGUGGAAUCUACAUGGCUGACCCCGAGCGCGCAGCAUACCGAGACAGCUCUUCCGCAGAUUCCAGAAUCACGGGUGCGGAUGCGAAUGCUCGAAGUUGGAAUCUCUGGGGCGCGCCAGAGACCGUACAGUCCAUUUUUGGAUACGAUGCCGAGGGUGAUGCGGAU